AUGAUGCAUCGCUUGGAGGAGGGUCAGGCCACCAGCUGGUCGCGCCGGCUCAAGGUGUUCCUGUGCUGCACUCGGACGAAGGACUCCCAGUCAGACGCCUACUCAGAAAUCGCCUACCUCUUUGCCGAGUUUUUCCGAGACCUCGACAUCGUGCCGUCCGACAUCAUUGCUGGCCUGGUGCUGCUCCGGCAGCGACAACGGGCCAAGCGCAGCGCCGUGCUGGACGAGGCGAACAAUGACAUUUUGACCUUCCUGUCUGGGAUGCCAGUGACCAGAAACACCAAGUAUCUCGACCUCAAGAACUCGCAAGAGAUGCUCCGCUACAAAGAGGUCUGUUACUACAUGCUCUUCGCCCUGGCCGCCUAUGGGUGGCCCAUGUACCUGAUGCGGAAGCCAGCCUGUGGCCUCUGCCGCCUGGCGCGGUCCUGCUCGUGUUGCCUGUGCCCCGCGCGGCCCCGCUUUGCCCCAGGAGUCACCAUCGAGGAGGACAACUGCUGUGGCUGCAAUGCCAUUGCCAUCCGGCGCCACUUCCUGGACGAGAACAUGACCGCGGUGGACAUCGUGUACACCUCCUGCCAUGACGCGGUCUACGAGACCCCCUUCUAUGUGGCAGUGGACCACGACAAGAAGAAGGUGGUGAUCAGUAUCCGGGGAACCCUUUCCCCCAAGGAUGCCCUGACAGACCUGACCGGUGACGCCGAGCGCCUCCCCGUGGAGGGGCACCAUGGCACCUGGCUAGGGCACAAGGGAAUGGUCCUCUCGGCUGAGUACAUCAAGAAGAAGCUGGAGCAGGAGAUGGUCCUGUCCCAGGCCUUUGGGCGAGACCUGGGCCGAGGAACGAAACACUAUGGCCUGAUUGUGGUGGGCCACUCCCUGGGUGCAGGCACCGCGGCCAUCCUCUCCUUCCUGCUGCGCCCCCAGUACCCUACCCUCAAGUGCUUUGCCUACUCCCCACCAGGAGGCCUGCUGAGCGAGGACGCCAUGGAGUACUCCAAGGAAUUUGUGACGGCCGUGGUUCUGGGCAAAGAUCUUGUCCCCAGGAUCGGCCUCUCCCAGCUGGAAGGCUUCCGCAGACAGCUCCUAGACGUCCUACAGCGAAGCACCAAGCCCAAAUGGCGAAUUAUCGUGGGGGCCACCAAAUGUAUCCCCAAGUCGGAGCUGCCUGAGGAGGUCGAGGUGGCCACCCUCGCCAGCACACGGCUCUGGACCCACCCCAGCGACCUGACCAUCGCCCUCUCUGCCAGCACCCCUCUCUACCCACCCGGCCGCAUCAUCCACGUGGUCCACAACCACCCAGCAGAGCAGUGCUGCUGCUGUGAGCAGGAGGAGCCCACGUACUUUGCCAUCUGGGGCGACAACAAGGCCUUCAACGAAGUGAUCAUCUCGCCGGCCAUGCUGCAUGAGCACCUCCCCUAUGUGGUCAUGGAGGGGCUCAACAAGGUGCUGGAGAACUACAACAAGGGGAAGACGGCCCUGCUCUCCGCUGCUAAGGUCAUGGUGAGCCCCACUGAGGUGGACCUGACUCCCGAGCUCAUCUUCCAACAGCAGCCGCUGCCAACGGGGCCACCCGUGCCCGCCGGCCUUGCCCUGGAGCUGCCCGCCGCGGACCACCGAAAUAGCGUCAGGAGCAAGUGCCAGUCUGAGAUGAGCCUGGAGGGCUUUUCGGAGGGGCGGCUGCUGACGCCGGCGGCUGCGGCCCGCCAGGACCCCGUGGAGCUGCUGCUGCUGUCCACCCAGGAGCGGUUGGCGGCCGAGCUGCAGGCCCGGCGGGCGCCCCUGGCCACCAUGGAGAGCCUGUCCGACACCGAGUCCCUGUACAGCUUCGACUCCCGCCGCUCGUCGGGCUUCCGCAGCAUCCGCGGCUCGCCCAGCCUCCACGCCGUGCUGGAGCGGGACGAGGGCCACCUCUUCUACAUCGACCCCGCCAUCCCCGAGGAGAACCCGUCCCUGAGCUCGCGCACCGAGCUGCUGGGGGCCGACAGCCUGUCCAAGCACUCCCAGGACACGCAGCCCCUGGAGGCGGCCUUGGGCAGUGGGGGUGUCACCCCCGAGCGGCCCCCCAGUGCGGCGGCCACCGAGGACGAGGAGGAGGGUGGCGGCGGAGGCGGGGCGGCCCCCGGGGGGGAGCUGGCCCUGCACAACGGGCGCCUGGGGGACUCGCCCAGCCCUCAGGUGCUGGAGUUCGCGGAGUUCAUCGACAGCCUCUUCAACCUCGACAGUAAGAGCAGCUCCUUCCAGGACCUCUACUGCAUGGUGGUGCCCGAGAGCCCCACCAGCGACUAUGCCGAGGGCCCCAAGUCCCCCAGCCAGCAAGAGAUCCUGCUCCGCGCCCAGUUUGAGCCCAACCUGGUGCCCAAGCCCCCGAGGCUCUUCGCCGGCUCAGCGGACCCCUCCUCGGGCAUCUCGCUCUCGCCCUCCUUCCCGCUCAGCUCCUCGGGCGAGCUCAUGGACCUGACACCCACGGGUCUCAGCAGCCAGGAGUGCCUGGCAGUGGACAAGAUCCGGACUUCUACCCCCACCGGCCACGGGGCCAGCCCCACCAAGCAGGACGACCUGGUCAUCUCGGCGCGCUAGCACCCCAGGAGUGACUGCUGGCUGAGGCCCGGGCGGGGGGGGGGAGGGGGGAGCAGGUGGCCCCUCGGGCUCCUGGUGGCUGCCCCCAGGGCCAGGCCGCUUUGAGGAGAGCCCCCCCAGGGGCCAGUUUAGCCUCAGGCAUGGGGCACUGCUGCUGAGCUGGGGGUCCGCAGCCCUACCUCAGCUCAGGGCCACCGGGCGGGCCGGGAUCCAGGUCCUCUAGAUGGGGGAGGAGUGUGGAGCAGGGAGGAGCCUGGGGCAGCCUGUCCGGUGGGCAGGGCAGCACUCCGCCUUCUCAGCCUCACUGUGCCCCACAGGACGGGCUGUGGGCCUGGCGACUCCCCAUCGCUGCCCUCCGGCUGCUCUCCUGGGGCCGAGAUGGAGAGCAGCUCUCUCCCCACAUACUCACAUCUGUGGUCCAGGCUGGCAUCUGCCCUGGCCACCCCCCAGAUCUGGUGCCUGCUGGCCAGCCCCCUGGGGUGACCCCACACCAAGAUGGCCCGCAGUGCUGUGUAUGUUUACAGAUGCUGCUGGGCUGGGCUCAGGAUGUUUCCUGGGCUUGCAAGCACCCCCCCACACACCCUGCCCUAUCAUGGGUUCCGAGCAGGGAGGGGAGGGGGCCCGUCUCCACAGAGCCCAAGGCAGCCACGGGGCCUGGAGGGGGCCUGGAGGGGGCCUGGAGGGGCCUGGAGGGGCCUGGAGGGGCCUGGAGGAGAGUGGGGUUGAGACUGCCCCUUCUCUGCUUGGUGCCCCUCAUGAUGAUCCCUCUGGCAACUGGUCCGAGGCACCUUGGCCUGCCCCAUCUGCCCAUUACUUCCCGGCUUGCCUUCUACCCCCAGGGAUCCUGGCCACUCAAAGGGCAGAAGUCACAGGUGUGACCACCCCUGGCUGCAGGGUCAGUGCCCUGGGAAGAAGGAGGACACCCAAAUCCCCCUUCCUUUGAGGGCCCCAUGUAACCCCUUUAUAUCACCUCGCCCCCACGCCUAGGCAGCCUCAGGCCCUGGGAUCUGAAACCAAACACGCCUCUGCUCCUCUCAGCUCCCCCUCCUCACUGGCCUGAGCUCUGUCCUAGCAGCAGGGCUUUCUUCCUCCCACCCCCCAUCCUCAAUGUCCUGUUGGCAGGAAGUGGAGCCAAGAGUGGUGUAUUGUGGGACCUGGCUAAAAGGGGAGCAGGAGGGCCAGGGGCUCUGGGGCCUUCCCCGUUGAGCUGGAGGCCUCCAGAGCCCACGCUUGAGGGGUUCCUUCCCUGCUGGGUUGGGGAAGCAAGGGGGAGUCGGAGAACGCCCCCCCCCGCCCCCGCCCCGGGGAAGCUGGCUGGGGAAGGUUGUGCAUGCUGGCGUGGGGCGAGUCUGUGCAUGUGCAUGAGUGUGUGCCGCUCCUGAGGAAGGGGCUGCUGGGGCUCGCACCCCACCCGACCUGCCCUGCCUGCUUGCUGCCCCUCCCAGCCCGCCGAGAAACUAGACUAGGAUGGGGGCCUGUGCAGCGGGGGUGCAUAGGACGAGCUCAAUUUCAGAUGUCGCCAUCCCCCGUGUCCUUCCUGUUGCUCUGACCCCGGGUCUGGAAAACUGGUGUGUGCCCAGGCGCUGAUCGCCCGCUUGUGCCUUCGUCUUGGAGGCAGAUCCCCCCAUGCUGGCCCUUCCACGGCCUCUCCGGGGCUGCUAGACUCCCCUGACCAAGAAAUCCCCCCCCAAUCUCAUGAUCACUGGUACCUGGGGCCUGUGUCCUGACCUCCGGCCCACACAGGGACUGGCCCGGAUGCUGCUCUGGGACCCCUGCCCACCCUGACAGAUGGAGACAGAGAGCGGGGAGCUGGGCCUCCCUCCCUCUCUGACACCCACCCCCCCAACAAGACUCCAGGAUGCCCCUGCUGAGGGGCCCGCUGCUGGCAGAGCCUGGGCCCAGCAGAAGCAAGAUGGAAUCAGCGGCUCUUAGAGUUUAAAAAAAACAAAUCGUAAAUCAGAGUAAAGUUCCAACAAGCACCUCAGCCAAUUGCUGGGCGAGACUUGGUGUCUGGCCUUUUAAUUCUUCCUCUGCCAGGGUGGGCCCUGGGACCUCUAAGGGGGCGUGGUACCCACCCAUGCCCAGGACUGAGCCAUCAGGGACAGACUCCCCACCCCCAAGGCUGCAGCCGCGCAGGGUUACAGACUUGGGGCUGGGGCAGGCUCGGACUCAGCCCUGGAUGCCCCAGGGUCAGCCCGCCCCGAACCCGCCCCUGCCCCCCAUAUCCCUGAAGGAAUGGGCCUGCUGCGCAUCUCUCCCUUCCUCCCCACACCACACUUUGGGGGGUCUGAGCCACCCCCCUCAGCCCAGCUAGGCUCAGACCCACCCCCACUCGCUCCCCCAGACCGCAGCACAAACUCUCCCAGCCGUGAGCUGGCCUGUUCCCCCAGGGGCCCGGGUGACCCCCAUAUGCAAACGGUAGCGAGCAGCUGGGCCCCAGAGACACUCAUGCACUGUCCGUGCCAUUCGCCCACGACUUUUUGUACUUACUGUAUGAAAGAUCCAAACUAAUAUUGCUGUAAAAAGGAGAGACAAAUUAAUAUAGCUUAUUCUAUAAAUAUAUCUGUAUAUAAAGGUUUCUGUAUAUUGUAUAGAGCUGUGUAUAAACUGGAUGUAGAAGCA